AUGGCCUCAGUCGAGGAAGAUGACCCAAUGGCCCCAGCGUCGGACGAGGGCGAAGGGGACGUGAUUAUGCCAGGAGCAGCUGAAGACAGUUCAGAAGAAGAAGAAGACGAUGAAGAGGAAGCGCGACGAGUCAGAGAGGGUUUCAUUGUUGAUGAAGAUGAUGAUGAAGAUGAUGAUGAGGAACGUAGAGAACGGAGAAGGAGGCGAAAAAGAGUCAAACGACAAGAGACAGACGACGACCUUGAAGAAGAUGACCUAGCCUUACUAGAGGAGAACACUGGCGCAUCUUUCAAAAAGAAAAAGAACAGGCUGACUCGUUUGCGCCGUCGUGAUGGCUCCGAAUCACCACCAAGUCAUCGGAGAGCGAACCUAGUCGUUUCUUCGGAUGACGACCUCGACCAGGAUGAGCCUAGGCAAACAAUACAGGACCUCCAAAACAUUUGGGACAAUCACGAUGACGAUGGGCAAGAUACCGACGAUUUCAUCGACGAUUCAGACGACCCAGACGCAAUGAAUGACCAGGAACGCGACGAGCGCAGAAAAAAGCAGCAACAAGCCCGUCGCAAGAUGGCCCGUGCUCGUCCAGAACUCACAGGCAUAGAUGCAAGCUCAUGGCAAGAGAUAUACGAUGUCUUCGGCGAUGGGCAUGACUACGACUACGCUAUGGAGGAUGACGACGGUAACGAAGGCGAAUACGGCAAAGCUGAAGCCAAGUUUACGGACGUCUUCGAACCCUCGGCAAUACAGAAUCUCUUCCUAACAGAAGACGAUGAUCUUAUUCGCGUGAAGGAUGCUCCUGAGCGCAUGCAACUCGCGUCUUCUACGCUUUCCAAAACUCCAGUCAUAACACCGACACUCCAUCUCUCCUCCGACGAACUUGAUGAUGCUGCUAUCUGGGUGACUCCGCGCAUCUCCAAGAAGAAAGCCAUGGACUAUUUUACCCCCAGCGGCGAACUCAACCCUUUCAGCCCGCAACUCGUUGAAGCUGUGACGUAUACUUUGCGACAACUGUUCAUCGAGUUUGUUGAAGUACCCUUCAUUUGGCAUCACAGGCGCGACCACCUCCUCCUAUUUAGUUCUGGUUCUUCUCCCAGGGAGCUCUUGGACUUGAAGGAGCUCUGGCGCAUCUAUGCGCUUGGCCAAAAGUAUUGUUCUCUGCGUGACCGUCGUCGAGCAGUGGCGGAGGCUUACGCCCGGCUCAAGGUGACAGAUACCUACUAUGAACAAGAUAUCGUGCCUCGCAUGGAAAGCGCCGAAGUGGUGGCGGAUACAUCAGAGUGGCUUCUGAUGAAGUACAAGGACAAACGAGACGACGAGAUGCAAUUCCGCUUCCACGACGACAACGAAGAAGAACAGGCAGAUGUCCCGAAACACAAGAUGCCCAGUCGCAUUUCCGCUUAUGAAGUUGCCAAGAAGAGCGUCAUCUCAAAACUUACUCGUGAUGGUUUUGGAAUUGCGGCUCCCGAAAUCGUUCAAAAUUUCCUCUCUUCUUCCAACGUCAACUUCCUUGUCGAACAGGAACUCAAUCCUCUGGUCUAUGCAGAGCAGUUUGUCAACCCUGACCCUAUGCAAGCAGAGACCCCCGAUGAACUUCUUCGUAAGGCACGGAUGAUUCUUGCCACCGAGCUCGGAAAAGACCCCUUGUUGAGGGCCCAAAUGCGCGAUACAUUCCGAAGCGAGGGCCGUGUCACUAUCCACCCAACGGACACAGGCAUUCUGAAAAUUAGUGAAGAUGACCCAUCAUUUAGCUUCAAAUAUCUCGAACAUAAACCGAUACACAUGAUGUACUCGGAUGCCCAAUUCCUGCAUAUGCUCAAAGCCGAAGAGAAGAAUCUAGUCACGAUAUCUAUUUCCUUAGCGGACGAAGACAAAGGGAAAUUCGAACGAAGGUUGAUGACCGCAUUCGAAUCAGACAGCUUCAGUGAAUCGGCACGAGCAUGGAACGAACAGGGGAGUUUGGUCGUUCGAGAAGUUCUGGAGCAGCAUUUAAUACCCAUGGGUGCUAAAUGGAUCAGAGAACAUUUGCGCGAUGAGGUUGAAGAUGCUCUUGCCCAGCGGUGUGCUGAUGAACUACGAAAGGCUCGUCUUCGAGUGGAUGUCACCCCAGUAACUGUUACCGGCAUGAAGGAAGAUCGACCCUCGGUUUUGGCCAUCUCUUGGGGCAAAGGCGACCCGCAUAGGAACGUCAUUACCGUUGUCUAUCUCGAUCCACGUGGCCGCAUGCGAGAACAGACCCAACUGGACAAUCUCACUGUCGGCAAGUUCCGUGACGAAUUCAUCGACCUUCUCCGCAGGCGCCAACCAGAUGUUAUUGGCAUCAGCGGGUUCAAUAUGACGACCGUUAAAUUGAUGAUGAAGGUCAAGGAAAUCAUCCAUGAGCUCUCGACCGAGGCCUCGUCUGAUGCAAAACGAUUCGAAAACGCCAUGAUCAUCUAUGUUCGCGACGAAGUGGCACGCUUAUAUCAGCAUAGCCAACGCGCGCAGGACGAGUUCAGUGGGUAUACUACGGAUACCAAGUACUGCAUUGGUCUUGGUCGAUACGUCCAAAGCCCGCUAAACGAGUAUGCUGCUCUCGGAUCAGACAUCAGCACUUUGUUGUUGUUGUCUGAUCCGGUAGAGACCAGUUUCAAGGCUAUCGAUCAACACCUGGUACCACAAGAGAAAUUGUUGAUCUGGUGUGAACGGGUGCUCAUCGAUGUCGUCAACAAAGUUGGGGUGGACAUCAAUCGUGCAGUGGGUGACGCGUACUACCAAACGCUGUUACCAUAUGUCUGUGGUCUUGGUCCUCGCAAGGCCCAACAACUUGUGAAAAUGAUUGAGCGCUUGGGCGAGAACAUCAUCAAUCGGGAACAAUUCAUCAAGUCAGGACUCUUGACCAAGUCGUUGUUUAUUAACGCUGCCGGAUUCAUUCGAAUUACGCAGCAGGAAGACCCCAAAACCCAAGGAAAAUUCCGCGCGGAGGAUGAGCACACUCCUGACCCGCUAGACAACACACGAAUCCACCCAGAGGACUACGAACUUGCGCGCAAGAUGGCUAUGGAUGCUGUUGGCUACGAUGAAGACGACAUCCAAGACAAGCACCCGUCCUGGGUUGUCGGCUUGAUCAUGGACGAUUCAGACAAUGAACGGAAGCUUUCGGAGCUCGAUUUGGACGAGUUCGCUGAAAAGCUCAAGGAAGCUAAUCACGACCUCAAACGCUUUACUCUGGAUCUCAUCAAAAACGAGUUUAUGCGACCGUUCGCAGAGAAACGAUCACCCUUCCCUUACCUCUCAGGACCCGAGGUUCUCACCAUGUUGAGCGGAGAGACAACGAAAAGCUUACGCCCUCAUCUCAUUGUCUCUGCUGUGGUUCUGCAGGCAAACUCUCGCGGCCUGCGCGCCCGAUUAGACUCCGGACUCGAGGGGCCGGUUGAAAUUGACUCGCUCAAUGCACCGAAGACCCUUCCUCAGAAAGGACAAACCAUCACCACCGUUAUUCGGAGUGUCACAUCGGAGCUCCAGACCGACGAAUUCUUCGUCCACCUUGCCCUUGUUAAUUCCGAUGGGCAAACGGACGAUAAAUACGAACGGAGCACUCUGCCUGACUUGUUUUGGGAUGGCGUGAGGUACCAACGCGACAAGGACCUGUUGGCGAGGAAAAAACGAGCCGAGGUCGACCGGACUCGCAAGAUCAUCAAGCACCCCAACUUCCACAAUUUCAACAGUUCUCAAGCAGAGACGUUCUUGGAGAAGCAACAGCGCGGCGAUGUGGUUAUUCGUCCUUCGUCCAAGGGAGCUGAUCACCUUGCGGUUACAUGGAAGGUGGAGGACCAACUCUAUCAACAUAUCGACGUGACCGAAGUCAAUGAUCCGCGUGCCUAUGGUCCUCAAUACAUCAUCGACUCUGCUCAUACUUACUCGGAUUUGGAUGAACUGAUAGUCAACCACGUGCAAGCGAUGGCUCGCAAAGUCGAGGAACUUAUGGCGCAUGACCGCUACAAGGCCGGUUCCGAAGAUGACCUUCACAUCUUCCUCAAGAACUCGCUCGCUGCCAAUCCCGGCAAGAGUAUGUAUGGCUUUACACUGAACCGCAAGAGGCCCGGGCAUUUCAGCCUCUGCUUCCUCGCCAACAAGAAUUCACAUGUUCAAAAUUGGCCCGUUCGAGUAACCCCUGAAUCAUACAUGCUCUUCGAUGCAGCGGCUGUCGGUGUCCCCGAGCUGUGCGACGCGUUCAAAGUCCGACAUCUCCAUGAAUCGCAAAGCCAGCAGACCACAGCAGGCAGCAAGACUCCGUUUGGGGCCGGAGGGAGGACACCGGCACGGCCUGGAAACGCAACACCGGGGCAUUUGUCUGUUCGCCAAGCUGCAACCCCCAACCCGUACACUGGGGCCCAAACACCUUCACGUUACGGCGCACCGCCACCAGCGGGGAUCCCGCAGACUGCCUAUGGUUAUCCGCCAAAUCAGCCACAGCCACCCUACGGGUACCAGACUCCUGGGCAUCGACCAGGGUUCCCCCCGCCGGGCCAACCGCCAUUACCAGCGGGCAUGAACCCUCAGCGGGCGGCGAUGAUUCAGCAAGGAUGGCAAUGA